AUGCACACAGGGGAAAAACCCUAUCAGUGUUUGGACUGUGGAAAGAGUUUCUGUCAAAAGAUAAGUCUCACUUCUCAUCAAAGAACUCACACAGGGGAGAAACCGUAUCAGUGCUGGGAGUGUGGGAAGAGCUUCAGUGAGAACAAAAAGCUCACUCAACAUCAAAGGAUUCACACAGCAGGGAAGCCCUAUCCUUGUUUGGACUGUGGAAAGGGCUUCCGGCAGCAGAGGCACCUUAUUUCUCAUCAGAGAACCCACACAGGGGAGAAACCGUAUCAGUGCCUGGUGUGUGAGAAGAGUUUCAGUGCAAAAGCAACACUCAAUCAACACCAAAAGACUCACACAGGGGAGAAACCAUAUGAGUGUUUGGAAUGUGAAAAGAGCUUCAGUCAGAGGGGAUCUCUCAUAUAUCCUCAAAGGAGUCACACAGGAGAGAAACCCUAUCAUCGUUUGCACUGUGGAAAGAGCUUCUCUCAGAAAAUAUCUCUCACUGAUCAUCAAAGAGCUCAAACAGGGGAGAAUCCACAUCAUGACUCAGAGUAUUGA